ACUCGGACCACAUUGACGGCCGCUGUGAGAGGUUACACAUAACCUGAAGCCAGCUGCAACUCGUUUUUUUUCUUUGACGGGACAAUCUACUAACAAUCAACAAUGCGUGAAUGCAUCUCUGUCCAUGUAGGCCAGGCUGGUGUCCAGAUGGGGAACACCUGCUGGGAGCUCUACUGUCUAGAGCAUGGAAUCCAGCCAGACGGCCAGAUGCCUAGUGACAAGCCCAUCGGUGGCCAUGAUGAUUCCUUUACCACCUUCUUCAGUGAAACUGGGGCUGGAAAGUAUGUCCCCAGAGCAAUCUUUGUUGACCUGGAGCCCACUGUCAUAGAUGAAGUUCGAACAGGAACAUAUCGUCAGCUCUUUCACCCUGAACAGCUGAUCUCAGGAAAGGAGGAUGCAGCUAACAACUAUGCCCGUGGACACUACACCAUUGGGCGAGAGAUCAUUGACUCUGUCCUUGACAGGAUCCGUAAACUGGCAGAUCAGUGCACUGGUCUUCAAGGAUUCUUGGUCUUUCACUCCUUUGGUGGAGGCACUGGCUCUGGUUUCACCUCCCUCCUGAUGGAGAGACUCUCUGUUGACUUUGGCAAAAAAUCAAAGCUUGAGUUUGCCAUCUACCCAGCCCCCCAGGUUUCCACAGCAGUGGUGGAGCCUUACAACUCCAUCCUGACCACCCACACCACCCUGGAGCACUCUGACUGUGCCUUCAUGGUGGACAAUGAGGCUAUUUAUGACAUCUGCCGCAGAAACCUUGAUAUUGAACGUCCUUCCUACACCAAUCUCAACCGCCUUAUUAGCCAAAUAGUCUCGUCUAUUACAGCGUCACUUCGUUUUGAUGGAGCCCUGAAUGUUGACCUGACAGAGUUCCAGACCAACUUGGUGCCCUACCCUCGUAUCCAUUUCCCUCUGGCCACCUAUGCUCCGGUCAUCUCUGCUGAGAAAGCCUACCACGAGCAGCUGUCAGUGGCUGAGAUAACCAAUGCCUGCUUUGAACCCUCAAACCAAAUGGUGAAGUGUGAUCCUCGUCAUGGUAAAUACAUGGCCUGCUGUCUGCUGUAUCGUGGUGAUGUGGUGCCCAAAGAUGUCAAUGUGGCCAUUGCGGCAAUCAAGACCAAACGCACCAUCCAGUUUGUGGACUGGUGCCCUACUGGCUUCAAGGUGGGUAUCAACUACCAGCCUCCAACUGUGGUUCCUGGUGGAGACCUGGCCAAGGUGCAGAGGGCUGUCUGCAUGCUAAGCAACACCACAGCCAUCGCUGAGGCCUGGGCCCGACUGGACCACAAGUUUGACCUGAUGUACGCCAAGAGAGCCUUUGUUCACUGGUAUGUUGGGGAGGGCAUGGAGGAAGGAGAGUUCUCAGAGGCCAGAGAAGAUAUGGCUGCUCUAGAGAAGGAUUAUGAAGAGGUGGGGAUUGAUUCAUUUGAAGAAGAUGAGGAAGGAGAGGAAUAUUAAACAGGGUCAGCUGUCAUUUAGUGUUUUCAGGGGAAAAUUAAUCCUGGUAGUAGUUAUUUAUUGGAGGGGGCGGGGAUAAUAUUUUGGAUUUUAAUCCAGAAAUGUAACUUUUUAUUUACCCUUUAAAACAGAAAAAUCUACCUAAAAUCUAUAUCUGUUUUGCCAAUAAAAUUUUGUUUUG